CUUAUUUGUUAUCAUGCAACCCUUUUGUUAUUGUGUAAAUAAAUCAAAAAUAAUAAAAUCUUAAAUAUUGAAUUAAAGCUAUUUUUCAUUAUUUCAUAUAAAAUAUACGUGAAUAAGCAAUAAAAAUAGUGUUAAUAGUUAAAAAAAAAGUAUAUAGUAUAAAUGUGAGACUCAGUAUAAGCUUAGAACUAGCACACCAAAAAUUGUUAAAUCUAGGAACUUUGGUAACAAAUUUGUUGGAAACUGUAAUCCUGCGGCAGAAAAAGACAAUUUUGCCAAAACAUAUUAACCCCAAAUUAGGGUCCUGGGGGCGAUAUAUUAACAGCUUAAAAUUGGUAUAAUCCAUAAUAUGUUUACAUAGUGAAAUUUGAUAAUAUGAAUGCAGUUAUCGCGCUCUGCCACUUCUGCGAGGCACAUGGCCCUAGUGCUAUAUUUUGUACGCAAACAUUGCGAGAUACAAAACUUGAAGAACUGCAGCUAAAUCAACAACAUGUAGAAAAUAAACUUUGUUCUGCAUGCAAUUCCCUAGGACAAACCAAUGGCAUGUACAGCAAAGAUAAUGAAAGUGGCGCUACUUUUUUAAGCACACAGACAGCUGCAUUGCCGGAUGUACAAUUGCUGAUUAAACAGGCAGCUGUGCGAAGCCUCAGCUGUGAAAUUAAUUCCAACAAAGACGGGGGUUUUGUAUUCUUUGGCGACUCUUCAAGGGGACAUGUAUUAAGUCACACAUUUCAAGUUAAUGAUUUACAGGCACGCGGAUUCUAUCAACUCUUCUCGAUAAUUGUUCUUAUGAAGGAUAAGUACUUUCUCCUAAACACAAAACCCUUUCUAGCAGAACACCUGCGCAAAAUAUCCGCCGACAUACAAGCAUCUGCUAAGAAAAUUAACGAUGAAACAAAGGAACUGCCGCGUCAACGGCGCCUAUCCAGUGCCCAAGUUUUGGUACAGACGCCACGCUCUUUAGUAGAAUUAACUGGAGAAGAGAAUAUUUUUGCAUUCUUACAUUCACAUUUUUCGUGGAUAUUGUUGGCCAGCUCACGAUUCCUUACGGAACAUGUAACUUUCGGCAAUUUGCCGUGGUUACCACCACAAAGCAGUGACCGUCCACCGCAACAGCGUUUGACCUAUAACAUAACACUGCCAAUGUUACAAAAGUACGAGGAAACAAUUAAUGAUCCGGAGCGUGAAGAGUUUUAUUCACUAAGACAUGUGAAGGAAGUCGUGCGACGAGAAUUCAACACAAUCGUUUACUGUGCUUUAACUGGCAUAAAAAUAAUUGUUCGCGGUAGCUCAGAUCGCACGUUAAAUUUCAUGUUGUGUUUGAAAAAACUACUUCCAGAACCAAUGCACAAUCUCAUGCGUAUUGAUGCCCAGCAUCAGCAUUCUAUUAGUUCUGAUUAUAAAAUAAUCUCUGUGUCAAACGAAAUAGCAGUGCCUAUGGCAUGUAGCUCUGUGUAUCGUGUAGACUUUUUGGAAGAUUCUGCUGAUGGUCAGAAAGUUUGUGUAAAAUGGCCAGGGGAAUUGCCAAGAAAAUGCCCCGACUUGAUGGUAAAAUUAAUGAAGGCAGUGGACGAGAAACGUUUUACACCGCUGGUAUUAAAUAAGCAAACAAGAGUUUUAAUGGAAGAGUGGAAAAACAAAGUCAUAUGUCUAAAUCAGGCAAAAUCGUCCAAUGGUCAAGCGAAACUAAGAAAAGUUUUAGGCGUGCAACCUCAGGACCAGCCGCUUAUAAAUUAUUGGAGUGGACAUUUGCAAUAAGAUCGCAUGUAUAUAAAUGUAGAAACUUGCGAUAAAUAAACAUCGGUGUAAAGCGCACACGACUAUAUCAAAGCAAUAAUAAGAAUUAAAGCUCAUAUAUAUAACAUUACACUUUAAGUCAAUUUGAUAUCUUAUACAAAAUUUGCGAAUAUACUUUACAAAGUAAUAAUGGUUGUAAUUUUAAUAAUCUCCGAUAAUAAAUUCAGUACUUUUUUAGCACAAAAUGGUUUAA